AUGAUUUCACCAAUACGACAUACGGCAGCCUUUCUGCUCAGUGGCGCCGCCGUCGCCAACGCCGCCACUUAUAGCAUCGCGUCCGCUGCCGACAUCAAACAAACCUCCUCCCUCCUCGCCUGGGACCUCCUCCAAUACUACAAAGGCAACCUCACCGGCCAAACCCCCGGCAUCCUCCCUGGUCCUCCCCCAGCAGGCGAUUACUACUGGUGGGAAGGCGGCGCCAUGUGGGGGACCCUGAUCGACUACUGGAAAUUCACCGGCGACGACAGCUACAACGAUCUCAUCACCCAAGCCAUGCUGUGGCAGGUAGGCCCAGACAAGGACUACAUGCCCCCCAACGUCACCGCCUCCCUGGGGAACGACGAUCAAGGGUUCUGGGGCAUGUCGGCGAUGCUGGCCGCGGAAAACAAGUUUCCUGAUCCACCAGAGGAUGAACCGCAGUGGUUGGCGUUGGCGCAGGCCGUGUUCAACACCCAGGCGAGCCCGGACAGGCACGACGAGACGUGCAACGGGGGGUUGAGGUGGCAGAUUCCUUGGUCGAAUAAUGGGUAUAAUUACAAGAAUAGUAUCGCAAACGGAUGCUUCUUUAACCUGGGCGCGAGACUGGCCCGGUACACGGGCAACACCACGUACGCCGACUGGGCGGAAAAGACAUGGGACUGGAUGAGAGGAGUCGGGUUCAUGGACGAAAAGUACAACAUCUACGACGGCGGGCACGUCGAGCACAACUGCACCGACAUCAACCGGGCGCAGUUUUCGUACAACAACGGGGUGUUUUUGCUUGGGGCGGCGUACAUGUAUAAUUAUACAAAUGGCAGUGACGUUUGGCGCGAACGCCUCGACGGUCUCACCGACGCCACCAUCCGCGUUUUCUUCCCCGACAACAUUGCUUACGAGGUCGCCUGCGAGGAGCACAUGUCUUGCACGACGGAUAUGCUCAGCUUCAAGGGCUACGUCGCCCGCUGGAUGGCCACCGCCACCCAGGUCGCGCCUUUUCUCGCCCCGAAGGUGUUGCCCGUUCUGCAGAACUCAGCCAAGGCGGCUAUUGCCAGCUGUGUAGGCGAGAAGAACGGACAGAGAGCCUGUGGGUUUAAGUGGUCCACGGGCACCUUUGACGGGAGCCAGGGGGCGGGGCAGACGAUGAAUGUCUUGGGGGCCGUGUCGUCGUUGUUGAUCGGGCAGAGCAGGCCUCCUGUGACAAACUCGACGGGAGGCACGAGCAAGGGGGAUCCGAACGCGGGGAGCCAGAGUGAUAACUUCAAGGACAAGUACCUGCCGCCGACGACGGGGGACAAGGCGGGCGCGGGAAUAUUGACGGUGCUGAUAUUGGUUAGUGUGGUGGGGACGUUUGGGUGGAUGAGCACUGGUGUUUGA